CCUCGGCGGCGGGAAGGGGACGGGAGGCUCUGCUAUGUGAGUGUGUGUGUGAGUGAGCGCGUGCAGGGAGGCUCCUGCCCUGCCCGGGGAUCCGCAGGGAGGAGAGAGUCGGAGCUGCAGGCUGCUGCUCCGGUGGCUGAGGGGGGUGUGCAUGGGUGUGCAUGAGUGUGCAUGGGUGUGCAUGGGGUGUGAGUCUGCAGAGAGGCUCCUGCUCUGCCCGGGCACAUCGGGACGCCGAGAAGCUGCAGGGAGGAGAGAGUUGGAGCUACGGGCAGCUGCUCCCAGCUGAAGCCGCUCCGCUGGUGGGAGGGGGUGUGUGAGUGCGUGUCUGUCUGCCUGUCUGAGUGCAGGGAGGCUCCUGCUCUGCCCGAGCACAUCGGGACGCCGGGAAUCUGCAGGGAGGAGAGGGCUGGAGAGCUGCAGGCUGCUCCCAGCUGAAGCUGCUCCGGUGUGUGGGUGUGUGUGAGUCUUGCAGGGAAGCUCCUGCCCUGCCCGAGCACAUCUGGACGCCAAGGAAUCUGCAAGGAGGAGCGAGCUGGAGCUGCGGGCUGCUCCCAGCUGAAGCCGCUGGGGUGGUGGGAGGGGGUGUGAGCCUGCAGGGGGGCUCCUGCCCUGCCCGAGCGCAUCGGGACGCCAAGGAAUCUGCAGGGAGGAGAGAGCCGGAGCUGCGGGCUGCCCCGGUGGUGGGAGGGGGGUUUGGGUGUGUGUGUAUCUUACACGCACACGCCCGGCAGCGCCUCCUCCCGCCGCAUUAAACCGAGCGGAGCCGCGCGGCGGGGGGCAGCGGGGCCGCAGCCCCCGGGAUGCACCCGAACGCCACCGCCCCGGCCGGGCCGGGCAGCCCCUUCCACCCCGGCCCCGCCAACGCCUCCAACCGCUCCGACCUGCUCCCCAAAGGGCCCGAUGAGGAGGACCUGGACGUCAACACCGAUAUCUACUCCAAAGUGAUGGUGACCGUGAUCUACUUGGUUCUUUUCUUGGUGGGCACGGUGGGUAAUUCCAUCACGGCGUACACGCUGGUGAGGAAGAAGUCGCUGCAGAACCUGCAGAGCACCGUGCAUUACCACCUGGCCAGCCUCGCCUUCUCCGACCUCCUCAUCUUCCUCCUCUGCAUGCCCAUCGAGCUCUACAACUUCAUCUGGGUCCAUCACCCCUGGGCGUUUGGGGGGACCGUCUGUAAGGGCUACUACUUUCUCCGGGACGCCUGCACUUACGCCACGGCUCUCAACAUCGCCAGCCUCAGUGUGGAGCGCUACAUGGCCAUCUGCCACCCCUUCAAAGCCAAGAGCAUCAUGUCCCGCAGCCGCACCAAGAAGUUCAUCAGCUGCAUCUGGAUCGCCUCCUUCCUCCUCGCCAUCCCCAUGAUCUUCACCAUGGGGGAGAUCUACGCCAAGGACCAAGAUCCCGACUCCCUCAUCUGCACCGCCAUCGUGGACACCCCUACGCUGAAGACGGUCAUCCAGGUCAACACUUUCGUCUCCUUCGUCUUCCCCAUGGUCGUCAUUUCUGUGCUUAACACCAUCAUCGCCAAUCAGCUCAUGGUCAUGUUCAAGCAGGCUGCCCAGGAGAACCAGGUCUGCACCAUCGGCGGGCAGCAGACGAUGCUCAGCAUGUCCAUGGAGCCCAGCCGCGUGCAAGCCUUGAAGCAUGGCGUGAGGGUCCUGCGUGCUGUGGUGAUUGCCUUCGUGGUCUGUUGGCUCCCUUACCACAUACGGCGCCUCAUGUUUUGCUAUGUGCCCUCCAGUCACUGGACAGAUUUCCUUUUCAACUUCUACCACUACUUCUACAUGCUGACAAAUGUCCUCUUCUACGUCAGUUCGGCAAUCAACCCCAUCCUCUACAACCUGGUGUCUGCAAACUUCCGACAGAUCUUCCUCUCUACACUCACAAUCCUGUGCCUGCCAUGGAGGAAGAAGAAGAAACGACUGGCUUUCACCAGGAAAUCCAACAGCAUCUCCAGCAACCACACAUUUUCCAGCCAGGUCACAAGGGAAACUACAUACUGAAGCCAAAGGAGGAAGGGAAAUGUAUUUCAUCAUGGAGUCAAAACUCAAGAGAGGCCUCUGUGACUUUCAUGCAUGGUCUCCAAAUUCACGUAACACAAAUGUGUUUAGCAAAGUUGUUUUUGUUGGAAAAAUAGGCUUUGUGCUGCCAGUAACUUUGAGGUUAUUUUAAAAGCAUUGGCCUUGCCUCUUGUGAGUGAUGUCUACACGUUUUGUAACUUCAGUCUGGCAUAACUCCAGGUGUGGUGUUAACUGGGAAGCCAAAAUAUGUUACACUUCGGCAAAACCAUACCGCAUUUCAUCCUUUUCUCAGUGCAGAGAUGCCAUGUUCACAUGCAGGGGUUUGAGAUCACAUCUCUUGGUGGCGCCAAGCAGAGUCUGAUGAGGAGAAAGCAGUUUUGAACAGAAAGGGAUGUUUUUGAAGAAUGGACAUGCUCAUCUAUGAGAUGUUCAAUGAAAAAAAGGAGUGAAAACUCAGGGAGCCAGGUGGUUAUUUUAGAAAUACAUCUAAAUGAUGAUUAGUAUGACGUAGGUGCUCAAGAGAGCCACUCUGGCUCCUUGAAAUUAAAUAACAACAGAUGAUGCCUUACCUAGAUCGGGGUGGGUGUGGCCUGGGGAAGUGGGGGUCAUCUUUUCCUUUAGGGCACUUACAGUGCCUGGCACAGUGAACCCCUCUCUUGCUGGUGUUGGUGCUGCAACACCAAUAAAUAACAAAGUCUUUGUCAAAGUCAAAAAUGCAGGAGCUGUGCCCAACUGGAGGGCUGAAAAUGAGCAGAAAUGGAAAAUCUUACCGUUGCCAUACAGCCAAAUCCUAUACCUGUGGGGCAUUUGCUGUGAGUUGUGAGUGAUGGCUGUCUACUUCUAAGGCAUCUGUAACCUGGCAGUUGUACAGAGCUAGCUACCAUGGUAGACCUGGCUACCAUUGACCGUGACCUCCAACCACACCUACCAGGGAUGAGAGAUUAUUUUAAUGCCUAGUACAGAACCCUCCAAAAGAAAGGGCUCAAAGUAGAAAUCAGGGGACUUUAGUUUCUUCUGAUUCAGCCAAACUGCAAGCUCUGUCCUGUCAUGCCUUCUUUUAAUUCCUUGCCCUGGCUGGUCGAACAGAGGGCAGAGAUUAUAUUUGAGAAAGCACUUUCAUUGCAUAUGCACAGUUGACUCCUCUUUGGCAAGAAAACCAGGUGAUAGCACACAUACAAAAAGAAAAAAAAUGGAGACUGGUCUCUUUGGAAAGAAAUCUGUGAGGAAUCAGCAAAUCUGUGUGUGUGUUAGAAAUGGCUUGGGCAGGUUGGAAGAAGCAGCUCUAGAAGAUCUGUUGAGGGCCUUGUGGGAAAAUCCAGGUAUGAUGGGGAAAGGAAGAGGAGUCCUAAUGUCACACAUUUAACAUUGGCCUUCGGGGCAAGACAUUUUAAAUGUUUCUGAAGAGGUCCCAAACUUUUUAACUACACUUCUAAAUAGAGUUGGGAGGUGGUUUCUGACUCCCCCAACACCGGACACUGUAACUGUGUGUUGCUUUGUCUCUCUUUGGGAUUUAACAUCCCGAGUGUCUCAGUUGCUUUUGAAAUGUUAAACACUAUUAAUAUACUUGUUCAACACCAACCUCCUGAAAUGUGCUCGAUUAUCCUAGAAAACACUGUACAAAAAUUGUUGUUUCACAUAAAAUGCUUGGCUUAGAUUUUCAUUACUGAGAUACACUGACAGCUUACAGAAUAUUUGAUCGCAGCUCCGAGAAACUGAUAUGUUUAUUUUUGUCUUGACAUGAAAAUGGGAACAAGCUGGAGUAAAGAUCAGUUUAUCAUAAACUCUUUCUGCAGUGUUUGUUGGGCCACUUGAGUCCUGAAGAGUUGACAUUUGAGGGAUUUAUCCAAGCGGUUUGCUGGCUGCUGCAGGUCUGCUCCUGCAGUUUAACACGGGAGCAGAUCUGAGCCUAUGGCCUUAAUCUGAGAUUGCAGCUCAAAGCUACCUCUUCCACUGGCCAAAUCUGACUACCUUGAGCUGAGAACUGUACGUGACAGCUGAAUUCAUCCUCUCUUCCCUCCUCACCUAGUUUUGCUAUAUUCAACAUAGAGGUUUAGUUCUCUGGAGCUUAAAGAAGUGAGGAUAACUCACUGCAAGAGCCCAUGGUUUUGUAAAGGAAAGCAUGAUAUUGUAGAGAAGAAAAAGGUACAGACUGCCCAGAAUGUACCAGUAAACAGUUCUUUCCAAGCCUUUUCACAAGGGUUGAACUACUAAUCCAACAAGGUUUAGGUUUAAACCUAAUGGAGUAUAAGUGGCUUUUGCCAUUAGACAAAACACAUACUGCCAUCCUUUGCAUUCCUGUCUUGUCUGAACUCUCCGCUGAGGCAGAGGGGUGAGCGUUGGUGCCGCAUGCUGUUAAUCUAUGCAGAUUCCCUAUAAGUGUUUUGAUCUGUUUAUUUCAACUAAAAUUAAAAUCUGUUGAGUCCACAGAUGUGAAGUGCUACCAGAUGGAUUCUGAGAAACUCCCAUCUGAAGAGAAUCUAUCAAGUGACCUCUUCAAAUAUUAGUUUGAGGUUUGUGUUUCUCUUCACAGUGGUUCUAUCAAAGCCAUCCAUUUGGCAGCGUGUGAAAUCUGAUUUCCAAAGUCAUUAUGCUGUUAGGAAAUUUCCCCCAGACAGGACUUUCUCACCAAAGGCGCAGUCCAGUACGCAUCAGGGUUUGAACUCUCUGCUGAGCUUGUCUGUCUUGUAAAGUGCAUGAGACCUCUCUUCAGCGACUGUGCCCGUGACAGAGAAAGCUAAAAAUUGGUGAGGAGGGGUAGCAAGACACAUGCUGUAAACAUGACAAUAGCAGGACAUUUGCAUUUAUAGCAUCAAACAUUUAGUGAAAUAAACCCCAAGGUGUGCUGUGGCUGCAGAGAGCUCGUGCUGCAGGUUGGAACCCAUCAGCUGCGCGGCUGCCAUCGCUACCCGCCCUCGGGAAGAGACAGAUGGACACGCAGCAUGAGAGCGCUGGAGCUUUCCCAUGCAACGCCUUAAGCUUUAGUCUUCCUGGUUGUGUCGUUUGGUAGCUGUUUAAAACAAAGCUGUAUCUGAUCGAGCUCUGUCUGGUUCUUAACAUUACAGCCCAGCAAGUUCUUCUGUUCUCAGUCUGGAUUCGUUAAAUACAAAACCAGAAAUUGCUGAUCCAAAAUGUCAUGAUGCUGUGUCUUGGCUUUGUGAUUGAGAGUCGUUCCCCAGCCGUGCCACCUGAUAGUCCUGCACAUAUUGUAUUUAUGGCAAGUUUUUUUUUAAGUGCACCUUUUUUAUUUUCUGAAGUACAAAAUGUCGAUGUGCUUUAUUUUCUGUGGCCUGUUGCGCGAUGGGAAAAAAAGUGAAUGUUAAAAGUGUGUCAGCAUCUCCUUUGUAAUAUUUUCUGUGGCAAAGGGAAGGGAGAGGGUGUGGAAUCCUUUUGUGUAGCAAUGGGAAACACUCUUUCAAUGUAAUGUGCUAUUAUUGAUACUGUAUUUACCGAUCAAACUGCAAUGAAGUUGUUUCUUCCUGAUAUAGCCUUUGUACCGUAUGGUAUUUUAUUUUAUUUUGUCAUUUAUUGAUCCUAAGAAA